AUGGAUUCUUCAACGAACCAUAAACUAUUGAGCCUACCACCACACAAGAAUUUGUCUUACUGUUAUUCGGAAUUUCGUUCGCCAUCAGGCUCUAGACGAUCUAUAUACACUGGAAUUUGUUUCUUGUCGUCAAACAGUUCGACGUUUCCUACACAAUCGGUAACAGUACAGCUAUCACAAGAGCUCUUCAAGCGUGUAUCUGAGCAGUUCACCGCUAUGUUCCGUCGUAAGGCUUUCUUGCAUUGGUACACUGGUGAAUUUAUGGAUGAGAUGAAAUUCACUGAAGCUCAAUCUGAAUACCAACAAUACAAGGAUGCAACAGCUGAGGAAGAGGGUGAAUUUGACGAGGAGGAAAGCGAAAAUGAAGAGAAAACCCAAAAUACUCGAACAUGCAAUAACUGUUCUGUGGGGUUUGGACCAUGGAAGAAGCGCCCUCUUGUUGCUCUAGCCAGUUUUCCUGGGUCGGGUAAUACUUGGGUUCGUCAUUUGUUGGAGACGGCAUCUGGAUUCUACACAGGGUCAAUAUAUAAUGAUGAAGAUCUCUACAAUGCGGGAUUCUUGGGUGAAAAGAAUAAAUUGAACGAAGUACUCGUUGUGAAGACCCAUGACAGUCGCACAACGCGGAAUUACCCGCACGCAAUACAUAUUUUGAGAAAUCCGUAUGAUGCCAUUCUAUCAGAGGUUGCACGUUUGCAAUUGAAUAGUCACGUUGGAAUCGUCAAUGAUGAAGUAUUCAAGAAAAAAGGAUGGCCGAAAAGAGUCAUGAAUUUAGGAACUCGUUGGAAGGAGCACUCCGAACAAUGGCUUAAAAACAACAACCCCACUCUGCUCGUUAUGUAUGAGAAGCUUAAACAUAACCCAGUUUUUGAAGUUCACAGGAUGAUGAUGUUUUUGAACCUCACCCUGACCUCCGAUAGGUUGUGUUGUUUGGAAGACAAUAUUGAAGGGAAAUUCCAUCGUCGCCGAAAUGAAUCCGCGGCUUUCAACCCUUAUCCAAACGACACACAAGUUUUUCUCGAUGCCCUCAUAGAUGACAUAAAUUGGAUUUUAAAAGAAAGAAAAUAUGACAUAUUGUUGCCUUCAACUCUGUCAACUCGUCAUUAA